AUGAGCUGGCAACGGUAUAUAAAAGAGGUGCUCACAUGUAUCAUCCUUGCAAGCGGAGCCCUGGACCCGUUCAUAGGACCUGAUUUUGUGUUUGAAAAUACUCUCAAACCAUCUUACAUCGGUGUAGAUGCAAAUACUGUAAAUGGGACCUCGCCGCUUGUGAUAAAGCUCGCAAUAAUAUCCCGCGUGGACGCGUUUGAGCGGCGCCAAGCAAUUAGGGAGAGUGUGCUUGAUGGUGUCCCGCAAGAAGAUGUGACUCUGGAGUACAAAUUUUUUGUGGGCCGGGUUCCUUUGCCUCUCAAAAACCAUUCCGUCUCAGUUUCAAGACAAAAAGCGCAUGAUGAGGAAACUAGGAGGAUAAUGAGGAGAAUAGAUAGGGAAAAUGAGGUCUAUGGAGACGUGUUAGUUGUAGAGGAUGUGGAGGACAUCCCGGAACGGGUGGCAGAGAAGCGGUUCGCUGCCCUAAAGUGGGCAAACGAUACCCCGAAGGAGAUGUACGACUAUGCUAUGACGAUGGACUCCGACACUUUUUGUCGAUUCAGCACGCUCGCACGGAGGAUGCGUUAUGACCCAAUGUAUGUCGGACUACGGCCGCGCGAGGAUAACAUAUUAAUUGGGCGUAUGUCUGAGCAUCGGCUAUACUGGGAAAAUACUGUCACCGACAACAGCAGACAUGCAAAUAGGAAUACAAAUGGAAAUGGGAAAAAAGAUGUAGAGGAGGAUAGAUGGAUGACGGGUCCAUCGUAUCCUUAUCCUAUCGGAAUUGGUUACAUGCUUAGCUCACAUUUAACAGCGACAAUGCUGAGUGCAGACCCUGAGCUCCCGCACCAUAUCCACUACCCAUACGACGAUGUUAUGAUCGGCUCCUGGGUAGCAGGGCUCAAGAUUCUACAUGACUCCUCUGCAACAUUCUAUCCCAAGCCUUCAAAGUCUUCUGAUAUUUCCGGCAGUAUGCACCUGCCGCCGUACCUGCCAUACCAAGUUAACACAACAGUCGUAGACGAUAAAAUUGGCUGGCAUGAUUAUAAACGGAGGGGGCUAGUGGCCCAUGCAGUAGGGUGGGAAACGGUGUGUGUUCAUCGAUUAUUGCCUGAGGAGAUGAAGAAGUUUAGAAAGAUGAAAGAAGUCAGGAUGGAAUGGGAUUAUUGA